AUGAUUCCCCUUGCCGCGUCUUCGCUGCUGUCUCUGCGGCUGCGGCCGACCGACCAGCAGGUGGAGGAUGCUUUGCAACCCUUUCUGGCUGACUGGAAGCAAAGACCCCGUGAUGCAACCUCUACGCUGAGUUCGCUGGGAAAGGCGCUUCGAUCGUCCUUGGCCUGGCAGAUGCUCUGCGCGAUGCGAUCCAAUAAGGUGGAGACCAACAUUUUCCAUUUCAGCUCGGCGAUCAGCGCUUGCGAGAAAGAGGCACGAUGGCAGCUGGCGUUACAUAUUUGGUCAUCCAUGGGCUCAGCUUCCGUGGAUGCAAAUGUGUACAGCUUCAGCAGUGCCAUCAGUGCCUGUGAGAAAGCCAGUCAAUGGCCGAUUGCAUUGCAGCUUCUGUCUGUGAUGUCUGACGCACGUGUGGCUCCAAAUGUUGUCUCCUACACCAGCGCAGUCAGUGCAUGUACUCAAGCCAGCCUGUGGACCGAUGCAUUGAAUCUUUUGGAGGAAAUGUCCGCUUCCUCCACGGAACCGAAUGCGUUUACGUAUAACGCUGCCAUGGUAGCCUGCACGAUGGCAGACCAAUGGGAGAUAGCCCUCAUGAUUUUCACCGAGAUGACGACAUCUGGGACCCAACUGGAUGCCUACAGCUACAGUGGCACACUGUCUGCUUGUGCUGCAGGGAGCCUUUGGCGGGAGGGCCUGUCACUUCUGGCAGAACUGUCCGACAGAGGCAUUGUCCAUGACGCCUGCUUCAAUGCGGCGAUCUCCGCAUGUGAAAAGGCUGGACAAUGGGAGCACGCCAUUGCGGUGCUGGAGCUGAUGGAGCGCGCGGUCGUCACAAAGGAUGCGAUCACCUACAAUGCGUCUAUCAGCGCUUGCGAAAAGGCGGGUCGCCUUGAGGAAGGCAUGGUCCUUCUACGUAAGAUGCAGACGACGGCCGUGCCGGCCGAUGUGAUCUCCUACAGCAGCUUGAUCAGCGCUUGCCAGAAGAGUGGCGACUGGCAGAUGGCUCUUCACCUUCUUUUCUCGAUGCCUGCCGAGGGCAUUCUCCCCAACACAGUGGCUUUCAAUGCGACCAUCGAUGCCUGCGCGGCCGGCGUCGCUUGGCCGACGGCGCUGCAACUGCUUGAGGUCAUGGAGUCGAGGAGUGUGAUUCCCGACACGAUCACCUUCCAGUCCUUGAUCAGCGCCUGCGAGGAGGCCGGCGAAUGGGAGUUUGCGCUGCACUUGCUUUGCUGGAUGCCUACCCAGCAGUGCCAUGCGAAUGUCGUGGGUGCCAGCAGCGCAGUGAGUGCUUGCGAGAAGCAAAGCUGUUGGGAAGCAGCUGUUCUGCUACUCCUCUCAAUGCCGGCUUUGAGGUGCAUGCCGAAUGCCAUCAGCUACAACAGUGCCAUUGCUUCCCUCGAGCGGGGUAGCUACUGGCAUAUCGCGUUGUCACUCGUGCGCCAAAUGUUUGAGACGGACGUGGACCCUGACCUGACCACGUUUAACGCCGCUGCGGGCUCCUGUGACAGAUCUGGCAGAGUCUCCGAGCUCCUUCCGCUGCUCCUCGGCCAACUGCCGGCUCGCGCCUUGCGGACGCUGCGGCGCAGAGGAGGAGCUCCAGAUGCGCAGCCGAAGCUAGUGUGGACAUUCGAGUCGAAG